UUGCUUUUGUGUCUUAACCGGCCGCCAUCGAGAAUAUCAUCUGCUGAAGCCCUUCCAGCCAGAGUCACUCCACUGGAAGCCAGGAACUGGCCACAGGAAAAGGAUCUCAGCUGGUGGUGUGGGCAAGAUGGAAACCAACUUCUCCAACCUUCUGAAUGAACCUGGAGAGAUGCUCCAUGAGUCUUCUGGAUACACUGCUUUAGACAUCUACUUAUUUGUGGUGCAUGGGAUCACCUUUGUGCUUGGCAUCCUGGGCAAUGGGCUUGUGAUCUGGGUGGCUGGAUUCCGGAUGGCACGCACUGUUACCACCUUGUGUUACCUGAACCUGGCCGUAGCUGACUUCUCUUUCAUUGCUUCUUUACCAUUGUUCAUGGUCUUAAUUGCCAUAAGAGGACAAUGGCCUUUUGGCUGGUUCCUAUGCAAGGUUUUUCCCGCAGUGGUGGACAUGAACCUGUUUGGAAGUGUCUUCCUCAUUACUUUCAUUGCUCUGGACCGCUGUAUUUGUGUCCUGCAUCCAGUCUGGGCCCAGAACCACCGUACUGUUAGUCUGGCUAGAAAAGUGAUCAUCGUACCCUGGAUUCUUGCACUAGCCCUUUCCUUGCCAGAUUGCAUCUACAUGACUACAGUAAAGCUAAAUAAAAAUACACACUGUACUUUAGACACUGAAUUCUGGGAUGACAGUGAAAUGAGUUGGAAGAUGCUCUCCACCACACUUGCAACUUUAGGAAUCACCCAGUUCACCAUUGGCUUCAUUAUGCCGAUGUCCAUCAUCGCUAUCUGCUAUGGACUCAUAGCUGCCAAGAUCCACAAAAAAGGCAUGAUGAAUUCCAACCGUCCCUUACGGGUUCUCACUGCUGUCAUGGUUUCCUUCUUCCUUUGUUGGUUCCCCUUUCAUAUAAUUCUUCUUCUGGGCAGAGUCUGGUUCAAAGAGAUAGUGUUUGAAGGUAAGUACAAGAUCAUUAUUCUCCUGAGGAUCCUGAUGGACUCCCUGGCGUUCUUCAACAGCUGCCUCAACCCAAUUCUGUAUGUCCUCAUGGGCCGCGACUUCCGAAAGAGACUGAUCCACUCCCUGCCUGCGAGUCUGGAGCGGGCCCUGACCGAGGAUUCAGCCCAGACCAGUGACACAACAACCAAACCUGCUUCAUCUUUCACAGGUGCUGAGUUACAGGAAAUGUGAGGGGUUGGGGGACAUUUUUGAGCUGUGCCUGCUCCUACCCUGCUCCCAGUUCCAGCUUCAUUUUUCCUUAGGUCAUACUCAUCAUGAAAAAUACUUUGGUACCCCCUAAUUGGGGAGAGGGGAGAAGAAAUGGGCAUAGGGUACUAUUAGUGUCAAUUUUGGUUUGAGGACCUCAGCCUAUACACUGGGGAGAGUGGAGGUAGGAAAAGAGAACAAGGGAAGAGAAGAGACAGGAUGAUGAGGAAUUUGUAAAUCUUAGACGAGAGAAUAUAUGAAGGGGGAAACUUUGGUGUUUCACCAUUAAGAUGUUUGUUGUAGAUUGUUUUCAGCUAUUUUUCAUCUGACCACAGAAGUUUCCUAUUUCUAGUUUAUUAAGAGUUUUCUUCUUUUCUUAAUCAAGAAUGCUAUUGGGUGGUAUCAAACACAUUUUCUGCAUAUAUUAAGGUGAUCAUAUUAUUUUUAUCAUUUUAUUUACAUCAUCAUAAACUAUAUUAAUUUUUUAAUGUUAAACUAGUCUUGCAUUCCUAGAAUAAACCACACUUGGUCCUGAUGUAAUUAAUAUCACUAGAUUGGUUUAGAAUUUCUGCACUUUUGUUUAUGUAAAAAUGAGUCGUUCUUUUACUUUCCUCUAACGUCUGUAUAAGGCAUUACAUCAAACUCCUAAAAAUACCUGGGAAGUGAUUCCUCUGAUUCCAUUCUCUGGUGUUAUGUCUUUUAUAAAUAUUUAGAGAAGUUCACCAGUGAAGCUAGUUGGGUCUUGAGUUUUCUUUAUGGCAAGGCUUUUAAUAACAGGUUCAACUUAAUAGUUAUUGGACUAGUCUGAUUUUCUUCUUAUGUCAAUUUUGGUAAAUUGUUACUUUCAAGGAAUUUAGCCAUUUUAUCCAAACUGUCAAACUAAUUGAUGUGAAACAGUAUAACUGUAUACAGUACUUAGUAUGGUUUCCUUCACAUAAUGAAAAUGUAAGCUAUCUGAGGGAAAGAUUUUUGGUCUGCAUUGUUCACUAAUGGAUCAUGAUACCCUAUUUGUAAAAUAAUGCCUAGUAUAUGAUAGACACUCAAUAAGUAGUUAGUGAAUUAAAGAAUCAAUAAAUAAUAGUAUCACCCAGGUGUCAAAUGAGAAGCUUUAAUGUCUAGCUAAAAUUAACUCUGAAUUGAUUAUGAAUUGGGCAAUGUCCAUUGAAUUCUCACUCCCAUUCCCAAAACCUUUACAAAUUCCCCUGUGGUUUAUAUCUUUAGGAACACCUCAGAUUUUGAGUUUCUGUUUUGAACAAAGGACUCCUGCUAAAUGUUGAUGUAUGUUUAUUUUGAA